GGUCAAAGUCUAGUUUAAUUUAUGACUCGAGUAAAAAUAAUGUUUGGGUCGGCCCCUUACAUAGCAAGAGAUCUUCUGUCAUGGAAAGAAAAAUAGAAGGAAAAAAAUGAAAAUUAUAAAAAAAAAAAAGGAAAAAAAACUAGGGUUGAGGGGAUGAAUCAUUCCUGAUUAUCGAAGGGUCAUGAUGUAUUUACUCAGCGAUGCAGAGCCUCUUUCAAUCUAAUUAAUUACAGACACGAACGACGCAAAACAUAUUAUAGGGAAAAAAAGAUCGCACCUCUUCACCAGUUUGUAUGUCUGUCUCAUCUAUUUAAACUGUCUCGAAAUUAAAUUUACUGCACCACCGCCACAAAAAUAUAAGAAACCCAUAUGGCUUAUUCUUCUUCGUCGUCGUUUUCGGCUUUCACAGACCUUCCUUCAUCCAUUGUGGGUGUAACACGUGAGGAGUUCUAUGCUUUUCACAACAUAGACAGAACCUUAUUCACUCGUCUCGUCUUUGAUCUUAACCGAGACACGAACCAAACGUCUCAAGUGAUUGCUUUUCUCUUCUUGCUCGAGCAAAUCCAGUACGCUCGAAACUUAACACCGUUUCUCGUCGAGUUACCAGACGCAUUCAUUGAGACGGUGGCUAACGAAGUCGAUGUGUGUCUAAGCAUCUUACACAACCUAGAUUUCUCAACGCUCUUCGUUACCAACAACGAUGAUGGUUCGGUUAUACCUUUGCUCUUACGUCUGACUGGAGGCAGGCUUACUCUCAGAUACGUCCAUCAAAACCGCGAAACUCUCCUCCUUGGUGUGAUUAAGAAUAUGAACGAAAUCUGCAGCCGAGCCUUUGAUGACUUAUGCGUGAAGGCAGAGAUGUACUACAGGGAGCAGUUGUUGGCGUUACAAAGGGAGAAAAUUAUUGAGGAGAUGAGCAAUAUGAGGUUAAGUGUUCAAGAAGGAUCCCCUAAUCGGUUGAAUGUUCCACAAGGAAUCUCUAGUACGUUGAGGGUUCAACAAGAAACCCCUAUUAGGCAGAGCGUUCCACGAGGAAACCCUAAUAGGUUGAAUGUUCCACAGGGAAUCUCUAGUGCGCUGAGUGUUCAACAACAAUCCCCUAUUAGGUUGAGUAUUCCACAAGAAAUCUCUAAUAGGCAGGGUGGUCAACAUGGAAUCCCUAUCAGGCAGAGUGUUCAACAAGGAAUCUCUACUAGGCAGAGUGUUCAAUAUCAAACUCCUAUUUGGUUGAGUGCUCAACAAGAAAGGGCUCCUGCUCUUACUACACCUCUUCCUGUUGAUGAAGAAACAGAUAUAGAGAACGAGGAAGUGGUUAUACCUGCGGAUGAUAGGACGGUGUUUCUGACUUUUUCGAAAGGAUAUCCCACUUCGGAAUCAGAAGUUAGGGUUUACUUUACAAGGAAAUUUGGGGAAGUGAUAGAAGCGAUACUGAUGCAAGAGGUGGAAGAGAAUGAGCAACCGUUGUUUGCGAGAAUGGUGUUGAAGAAGGAAUGUGCUUGGAAGAUCGAAGAGAUUGUGGGUCCAGGGAAUAAAAAGAAAUUCACUAUUGAUGGCAAACAUGUUUGGGCUCGCAAGUACGUUCGCAAGAAGCCUAGUUCAACUGCUUCUCCCUCAUCAUCACAUGUGUGACUGUCUUCUUCAGUUUUUCAACUAUAAGUUGGAUAAUAUUCUCAGACAUAAAAUGGCAUUGGUCUUAUUAUCACAUUAUAAUAUUUAUAUUUUUUAUUUGGCGA